UUAGGGUAUCGGAGUGCUACAGGGUACUGGACCAAUGUGGACAGUCCUGGUUUUCUGGAAGUCGUCAGUGGUCCGAGGCCAUUAAACGCGUUGUAUGUGUCUUGCAAUUUGAUCCCGUAGCGCUCUGUGCGCCGAUCGGAGAGUAAUUUACGCGAAUUCCUGGGCAUCCGGGUCUCUGCAGGUGGGCCUUCGGAGUUUCUUCUUGGGUCUUUUGCUUUCGAUGUCACAACAUUUACUUUACCAUUUGGUACUCGUGUAACACUCAGGAUCCGUCAGAUCAAACAUUUGAAAGAGACAAUCUUCACUAAUAUUGUCACUUUGACUUUAGUUAUCACUUAAAUGUACGUAAGUUUCUGAAAGGUGAUGCAGGGCAUAAUGCCAGUUAAAACUAAAUCUCGUGUUCCUGAAAAUAUGGGUAUCACGGGUGGUUUGGUGGAUGCCAGGGACAAACAGGUGUUAAAGGAAGCAGUGGAAGCUGUUGUUAAUAGUUUUGCAAAACAUACUCAAGGCUAUGGAAGAGUCAAUGUGGUGGAAGCUUUGCAAGAAUUCUGGCAAAUGAAACAAAGUAGAGGAACAGAAUUGAGAAAUGGAGCUUUAGUUAUUUAUGAAUCUGUACCUUGUACCAGUCCACCUUAUGUAUGUUAUGUCACCCUUCCUGGUGGAUCUUGUUUUGGUAGCUUUCAAAAUUGUCCUACAAAAGCAGAAGCUCGUAGAUCGGCAGCAAAAAUUGCUUUGAUGAAUUCUGUUUUUAAUGAGCAUCCAGCACGGAAAAUAACAGAUGACUUCAUAGAAAAAGCAGUUGCAGAAGCAAGAGCCAGCUUUGCCAAGCCUUCUGCAACAUCAAAUGGUGUUGGCAAUCAAACACAAGGAAGUGGAGAUGAGAAAGAGGAUCCAAAUACAGGUAUAGGCGCGUUUCGUUUUAUGUUGGAAUGCAAUCGCGGAAGAACUAUGUUAGAAUUUCAGGAGUUAAUGACGGUCUUUCAAUUACUUCAUUGGAAUGGAUCUUUAAAAGCUAUGAGAGAAAGACAGUGCAGCAGACAGGAAGUAGUUGCUCAUUACAGUCACCGAGCUUUGGACGACGAUAUGCGUAGUCAAAUGGCACUAGAUUGGGUAGCAAGGGAACACGAAAGCGGUGGCGGUGUCGUUGCUAUGGAAUUGGCAUUAGCCGAAAGAGAACUUGAAGCGGCACGUUUAGCAGGAAGAGAGCUUAGAUUUCCUAAAGAGAAAAAAGACAUAUUGAUGUUGGCACAUGCUCAAGUGUGCCCUCAGUGAUUUAAAUCAAAAAGAUCAUGCAAUUUAAAAAGAAUAUGUGAAACUGGUUUUACAAAAGCUGGUAAUAAGGGAAUAUGUUUUUUAAUGACAUGUAAUGUCACUAUAUUGUUGUCUAGGAUCGAGACACAUAAUCAAUUCCGUCCUUGUAACGAUAUAUUUUUGGUGAUAUAGAAUAUUAUGAAGUUAUAAACCUACAGUAAUGUUAAGAGUACUUAAAGCAUAUAACUGCCAUGAUAAAGUAUCGAUACGCUAAGAGGAAAAAGAAUCGCGUCUUCCAUUACUUCGCCCAGCCGCCUAUGAGUAUAGCAUUAUAUAUUUUUAUCGUAUAGCAAGAGUGCUUGGUGAUAUAUUGUGC